AUGACGGUCAUGGCGGCAGUCCUGUGUCUUCUCUUAGCCUUGAGCGGUAUGGUGGUGAUCUCCGCUGAAAAGUACCCAACUCCUUCUCCACCGCCUUACCAUUACAAGUCUCCACCACCACAUCCACCCAAGGAGCACUACCCUCCUCCUCCGAAGAAGCACUACUACUACAAGUCCCCGCCACCGCCCUCUCCUCCCAAGCACUACUACUACAAGUCCCCCCCUCCUCCCAAGGUGCACUACUACUACAAAUCACCGCCGCCACCACACAAAUACUGA